CUCUACUCUCUAAUCUAUCUAUCCUCUCUUCCUUGCUCUGUUCUUCAUUCUGCAACAGAAAAAACCACCAAAAUCUCCAUACAACCUCAUCAAAACAUAAUCUAUACAUACUAUACUACUGUAAUCAUCUAUACAUACAUAUAUGUAUAUAUAUAUAACCUGAAUAUUAUUAUCAAAUACAAAUCAAAGCUAAAGCAAUGGCAAUUCUUGCCACACUACCAAACCCCAACCUCUUCUCCACCCUCCAUUCAACCCCACCCUCAAACCACCCUCCACCAUCACCACCACCACCAAAACCCCCCAUUCCAAUCCCCAAAUACCCACCACCCCUCAAAUCCCAAACCCCCCCAACCCCAAAACCCACCUCAAACCCCGCCUUCAAGACCUUCCACCACCGCUCCAAGUACUACAAACCAGUCCGAGAAGGCGUCAUCUCCUCCGACGGCGAUCGCUCCGUCGUCGUCGGCGAUUCCGGCGUCUCCUAUCUUCUCCCCGGAGCCCCAUUCGAGUUCCAAUACAGCUACUCCGAGACCCCCAAGUCCAAACCCUUGGCCAUUCGCGAGCCGGCUUUCUUGCCCUUUGCUCCGCCCUCGAUGCCGAGGCCGUGGACUGGGAAAGCUCCAUUGAAGAAGGAGAAGAAGGAGAAGAAGAUUCGGCUUUUUGAUUCGCUCGAGCCGUUGCCGAUGGGGAUGAAUGGAGUGAAGCAUUUGGAAAUGGCCAAGCCGUACCGGCUUGGGGAUUUUCCAGUGGAGUUGAAGCCGAGGAAGGAGGUGAUUGGGAAGCCAUUGACGAAAGCGGAGAUAAGGGAGCUUCUAAGGCCUCACAUUUCAAGUAAUCGACAGGUUAAUCUGGGCAGGGAUGGAUUGACACAUAAUAUGUUGGAGUUGGUUCAUACGCAUUGGAAGCGAAGGCCGGUUUGCAAAGUUCGAUGCUUGGGUGUUCCCACUGUCGAUAUGGAUAACGUUUGUCGUUGUCUUGAGGAAAAGACUGGUGGAAAGAUCAUCCAUCGAGUUGGGGGUAUAGUUUAUCUUUUCCGUGGCAGAAACUAUGAUCAUCGCACUCGUCCACAGUACCCGGUGAUGCUCUGGAAACCAGCCGCACCGAUUUAUCCAAAGCUCAUACAAGAAGCUCCAGUAGGUUUGACUAAAGUUGAAGCAGAUCAGUUACGGAAGAAAGGAAAAAACCUUCUACCAAUUUGUAAAUUAGCGAAAAAUGGAGUGUACACUUCCUUAGUGAGAGAUGUGAGGAAUGCUUUUGAAGGAAGUCCGUUAGUUAAGAUUGACUGCAAGGGGAUGCAUGCAAGUGACUACAAAAAGAUAGGUGCUAAGCUGAAGGCGUUGGUUCCUUGUGUGCUAUUGUCUUUUGACAAUGAGCAGAUAUUGAUGUGGAGGGGACAAGAUUGGGAAUCAAUGUACCCACAAGCUCCCUAUGCUUCAAGUUCCGCUGAUAGUGAUGCUGCAAAUGGUUUCAAUUGUUCAGAUUCAGACCCGAACGCGGUAACCUCGAGCCCUAAAAUGAUGUCCCUGUGGAAGCGUGCAAUCGAAACAAGCAAGGCAUUGCUGUUAGACAAGAUAGGUCUUGGCCCUGACGAUCUUUUGAAGAAAGUGGAGGAAUUCGAAGACUUAUCACAGGCGACAGAGCACUCCUAUCCAGCGGUAGUCUUGUCAGGUGAAGAUGGAACUGAUAGUUCAAGGGCAGAGUACAGAUUUCAUAAUGAAGAUCAUGGCGAAGAUGAGGAUUAUAAUCAUGACGACGACGACGAUGAUGUUGACGACGAAUAUUAUCUCAGUGAUUUUGAAGAAAUGGAGUCGUCAGUCCCUCUAGGAUCUUUACCUGUGGAUUUGAUAGCAAAGCGGCCAAGUGAGCAAUGAAAGUUGAAAUUGUUUUGUUUGUUUGGUGAAGUAUGUGAUAGAGGAUAGUUUUAGCAGGGUGAUGACCUAAAGUUUGGUAGAUUUUGGGGCAAGAAAUUGGAAUUUCAUGAUAUGUAAAUUUAUUUAGAAAGAAGAUGGAUUGCAAAUAUGAGGUUCCCAACAUUGGGAAUGUCUGACUGAGCAGAAAGUCAAGGUUGUUAGCAAGUGUACAGGUGCAAGUAAUAUGUAAGUAUCAUAAUUGGUGGAAGCUGUUUUAUGUUAUCUUAGCUCAAACAAGCUGUAAUUCCAUCAGCUUAUUAUAAUC